GUUUAUUAGUUAACCAUUUUGGGAACAACAGCUAUGCGGAUAAUUCUCGUUUUUGGUUUUUUGUGUUUUCUAAAACAUAAAAUUUUAGCUUCUGAUAUUAAUAAUGGAAAUGUAACUGAAUCAGAGUAUAAAAAUGAAUUUGAAAUAUUCAAAAACGAAAAUAAUAGAAAAUACCUUCGUAAUGAUGAUGAAUUUCGAAGUUUUAAAGCCUUCGAAGAAAAUUAUAAAAUCAUCGAAAAACAUAACAAAAAUUUCCAAGAGGGUCAGACUUCUUUCAGGUUAAAACCAAAUAAAUUUGCUGACAUGAAUACUGAUGGUUACCUUAAAGGGUAUUUAAGACUUUUAAAAAGCCAUACAGAAGAAGGAGCAGAUAAUAUAGCUGAAAUAGUGGGUUCGCCACUGAUGACUAAUGUUCCAGAGAGCUUAGACUGGCGAAAAAAGGGAUUCGUUACCCCGCCACAAAAUCAGCAAACUUGCGGAUCGUGCUACGCCUUCAGCAUUUCGGAGAGUAUUUCGGGGCAGGUUUUCAAACGCACCGGAAAAAUAUUGAAUUUGAGUGAGCAACAAAUCGUUGACUGCAGUGUGUCGCAUGGAAAUCAAGGAUGCGUUGGCGGAUCCUUACGAAAUACUCUAAACUAUUUGCAAAGUACUGGAGGCCUAAUGCGAGCGGAUGAUUAUAAAUAUGUUUCAAGGAAGGGAAAGUGUCAAUUUGUAAGCGAUUUAUCCGUUGUCAAUGUCACUUCCUGGGCCAUCUUGCCCGCCCACGAUGAGCAAGCAAUACAAGCUGCAGUAACGCACAUUGGACCGGUAGCCAUAUCGAUUAAUGCCACACCAAAGACAUUCCAGUUAUAUAGCGACGGUAUCUACGAUGAUCCGAUGUGUUCAUCAGCUUCUGUAAAUCAUGCCAUGCUAAUAAUUGGGUUUGGAAAGGACUAUUGGAUCUUAAAGAAUUGGUGGGGGCAGCGUUGGGGCGAAUCGGGCUACAUGAGAAUACGAAAAGGUGUUAAUAUGUGUGGGAUAGCCAAUUAUGCAGCAUAUGCCAUUGUCUAAUAAUUAUUUUCAAUAAAAAAAGACGAUUAAAGGAUCUUAUUCACCUCUUAA